AAGAUGGACUGCGGUAAACGGUCAAAAGUGUGGCUUCACUUUAGAAAAGAAAACGACAAGACAAAUUGCAAUGCAUGGGGGAAGCUAAUUAGCUGCAAGUCCGGUUGCACACCAAAUCUGACCAAACAUUUAAGGCAGCAUGACGUCGAUCUGAAAGACUGUAGAGUGUUUGAUGUCUUGCGAUAAGCAAGAACAGGCAGAAUCGGAAUCGAUAAAAUUCAAACGAUACCCAACCCUAAUUAGAACCUAUCCUUUGUUUACCAGCCAGCAUUGAUUCACCAUUAAUGUGUUACCGAAUGAGCAGAAGCAGGUAAAUAUUGGGGGGCACACGCCUGAAAAAAGGGAAGGGACAGCCUUCUCUUUACACUUGGCAGGUUUCUUAAGGCUGUAGAUGUAGAAUGUGUCGAUAAGUGUGAGCCCUCAAAUCAAAUAUGAUUCAAAAAUUUGUGAUGACAUGGAAGUACUGAGUGCCACUGGCAGUGAAAGCAGAACAAUGUACUUCCCUGCCUGUUGAUUUGAUACUUAUGCAAUGAGAGCUUUCACAACCAUAAAGAGAUAAACCUGCGCACUUUGUCUUGUAUUAAUCACCCGGUCUACUUUUAAAGUUUUUAGUCAGGAUGGCCUUCAUCGUCCUUUCUGAAUAACAUUUGGGUGAUUUAUGUGAUGAUGUAGUGUGUAAGUUUGUGUUAUUAUGAGUAUUCAUCAUCUGACACACCUACAGAAAUUCACCGGGUGUGCAAAUGUACACUCUACAGAGUCUUCAGGAAAUCAACCUCUUUAUCUGUCACCGUAUCCAAUGGAGUGUUAUUCCGGACAGCACCCUCUGAGCGCAGACCAUGUCAAUCCAGGCAGAACUCCUGCAGUUAUGGAACUGCAGCGUUUUUCCUCUUCAGUACCAUGAAGUGGCCUGGGCCCGCGCAGGCCGGCGCGGCGGCGGGGGGCCCGCGGUGAUAUCAGAGCAGGACGCGGCACAGAUGCCCAGUCGAGAGGCCGAUAAGAGAGCCCCCCGCUCAGCGCUGCCACCCUGCUGUUCUUUCCAGAAUGUUUUGGCUCCCCCAGGGCCUAGUGAUGUCCCCACCUCCCUUGUCCUGGAAUGGCUGACCAGAAGUCGUCCCCCAGAGCCGGGGGAUACGUGAUGGGGAUGCCUCUCCACAGAUCUCUGCUGCUCAGCACUGGGGGCUUCAGUGUGUCUGACUACAUCCAGAGGUUUACGAUAAAGGAAGAUAAAGGUGCAAGGUCCAAAGGGCCGGAGUUUCAUAGAGGAGUCCAAGUGCAUCGUGGAGUCCACGUAGCAGCUAAUGAUGAUAGCCAGCCUGCCGAGGUUUCCAGAGUGGCAGUGAAGAGCACAGGACAUGGCACCAAGCCCACAGUCCCCAAUCAGCAGGGGCCUGCCCCCUCACCCCUCACCUCAGGCCCCUGUCUGGCCAGUAUCCCGGCAGGCCAGCAGGGCACCCGCCGGACCAAGGAGGUCACCCUGAGGAGCAGGGCGCCCACUCGAACCCAGACCUUCGACAAAGACACCCAAGACAGCGGUCCGGGCGUGGGGGAUGCAGAAGGGGCGGUGGCGACGCAGCCCCAGGAGGGAAACGACCGCGAGCGAGCGGCGUUCAGUGGGGUGGAGGGUGUUGUCACGGCAACGGCCGGCGAGGAAAAUUGUCGGGAAAUUGCAGCUGCUGGGCCGUUGAGGUCGGAGAGUGGCUUGUUCACCCAGGAGCCUGUUGUCAAGGGGACUCCAUUGGCUGCUGGUGAGGAGAGGCAGGAGGAGGAGGAGGAGAAGGAGGAGCGGCGUAUUCCCACUGAAAAGGUUGUUCCUCCCGUCAAGGAUGAGGACACAAGCUCCAAAGAGGAUGCGGUCACGGUAGAGCCACUGGAGUCUGUUGCCGUGGUGAUAGGGCAGAACACAGACAGCAGCAGGACCACCGGCGUGCCAAAACCGGACUCAGAAUGCAAAAUCCAAUGGGUACCAAGCCUCUCUCAGAAUGAGCCGGCCCCAUCUGGGCCCGCAAAGACAGCCCAGUCCAAGCUUGGGACUGUGGGAGAGAGCUCUGAGGCACAUGGAAAUGCUGACAGCCAAACAGGCGCUGCGAAGGGCACACUGGUCAGCAGUAAAAGCGUAACCCCUGGGGGCCUGUGGAAAAGCGCUGAGAAGCCACUAAAGGUCAUUGAUGACUGCCCCCCUUUGCCUGCCCCCUUCGAGCACCGCAUUGUAAGUGCCAAGCAGGUACCAAUGGGCUCGUACUACGCCCUGAAUCCAAACGAAGUGCUGGGAGGGGGCCGUUUCGGACAGGUCCACAAGUGUUCAGAGCUUUCAUCAGGGCUAACGCUGGCCGCCAAGAUCAUUAAAGUAAAAAGCAUGAAGGACCGAGAUGAAGUCAAGAAUGAAAUCAGCGUCAUGAACCAACUGAACCAUGUGAACCUGAUCCAGCUCUAUGAUGCCUUUGAGACUCGCACUAACCUGACUCUUGUCAUGGAGUAUGUGGAGGGGGGAGAGCUGUUCGAGCGGAUCGUCGAUGAGAACUACCAGCUUACAGAGCUGGAUGCCAUUGUGUUCGUGCGACAGAUCUGCGAGGGGGUGCAGUACCUCCACCAGCAAUACAUUCUACACUUGGAUCUCAAGCCAGAAAACAUUCUAUGCGUGAGCACCACCGGCAAUCAGAUCAAGAUAAUCGACUUUGGACUGGCGAGAAAAUAUCGUCCACGAGAGAAACUCAGGGUGCACUUUGGGACACCUGAAUUUCUGGCUCCUGAAGUGGUGAACUAUGACUUUGUUUCAUUCCCAACAGAUAUGUGGAGUGUAGGAGUUAUUACAUACAUGCUUCUGAGUGGCCUGUCACCUUUCCUUGGGGACAAUGACACUGAAACAAUGAAUAACAUCCUCCACUCCAACUGGGACUUUGAUGCCGAAGCCUUUGAAAAUGUCUCAGAGGAGGCCAAGGACUUCAUUUCCAGGCUGCUUAUCCCCGAAAAAUGCAGCCGUCUGAGUGCAACUGGAUGCAUGAAGCACAGCUGGCUGAACAACCUGGAGGAAAAGGCCAAGAUGCGCCAGGUGCAGCUCAAGUCUCUGCUCCGCCUGCAGCGCUACCUGGCCGCACACAGGCAGUGGAAGAAACACUUCUAUGCAGUCGCUGCUGCUAACAGGCUGAAGAAGUUCCGGCAGAAUCGGUCCAUUAACCCAGCAUAGCGCUGAAGACGAGCUGUCAGAUCAAGAAGACAGCCUCCGCCCCACCUCAGCAACACCACGAAAACUUUGCAGCUGCGUUGAAAGAGUGCUGCAGAAUAAGUUAAGUAUACACACAAUAUGAAAGGUGUCGGAGCCAAAAAAAAAAAGUAUACAAGCUGCGCUCUGAUCACUUUUUUAAUGCAUCACACAGCAGCUCAACAUUUUAUGUUUUGCCAAUGUGUAGGAUGUAAUUGUGUAUAAUUGUAUGGCAUAAGCUAAUGUAUAGGUUGUAUUUGUGCAUAAUUGUCUGGUACGUUAAUGAGUUUCUUUUCCAGAUGAUUGUUCAUCAUACCCAAAUCUUAAUCUGGUGAAGGAUGAGGUGAAUUUAAGAGACACAUACCUUUCUGAUUUGCUUUGUAUCUCAGAUAAGGAGCCAUAACCAUUUACUGCAGGGAAUAGAAUGCAUUGUUUUCAUAGGUAUUUAAAGUUUGUUACAACUGUACACUAAGCACAAGGCCAUAGACCUUGAUCAGCACAUCGAAUACUUCACCACAAUGUUGAGUAUCCUCUUAAAAUAAGGUAGACAUCUUCUCUUUCCUUCUGUGAAGGCUGCCAUUACAUAACACCAUAUUUUGAACCUGCACAUAUGAGACCACUUUCGGGUUGCGUGAUUCUGCCCCACCAUAUAUUUAGCAUGCUGUGAUUUUUAGAUGCACUCAGGCAAAUCACACAAGGUGAAAAUUGUGAAGUGACACUUACUGUGGGUCCUAUACUGACCUGCUAUCUGUCAACCACCUGGACUUUGAUUUCACAUGUGGGGAAGAUGAGAGAACAUGUAAAGAUGUUCAUCAGCUUUUCUGCAAAUCACUUCAGGAGGGACGUUGCUCUUACAGCUACUUAUGACCGCUGAGCUCCACGUGGGCUACCUUUCUGCUGCCUGCACCACAACAGGAGGUUCAGAUUUUGUGCAAUAUUCUGCACAGCUUUGCUGAGGAUGUGCUUCUCAAGGCAAAAAUCAGGCAUGUCAGUGAAAUUCAUAAAAAUGUUGUUUAAUUAAAGAUGUUGCAGACAGUGACUGCUUGUCUGACUGAAUAAAAAAGGUUUCCUGAAGACCCUGACUGUACUAAGUGGCUUGAUUUCAACUGCUGAAUGGAUCUUUCAUAAAAAAAAGAUUAAACAUAAAAAACACUGGAUAUAUUGACAUGGCCUGCACACUCACACAACUAUAACAUUGUGCUGUUCAGGACUGUAAUAUGUACACAUUCAUUGAAAAAAGAAAAAAAA